AUGAAUGCUUCUAGAAAACGACAUCCGAAGAAACGGAAUGAUUCGGAAGAUCAUGAGAAGUGUUGUGAGCGAAAAUCGGAUCAGCGAAUUCAUCGGCGCAAACAGUCUACAUCACAGAUGAUGAAUCCUUCGACGAAUUUUACACACUACUUCGAGAAUGAAAAGAUUGAAAACGAUCAGUCUUAUGGUGAAGAAGAGUGUAUGAGUGGAGAAGAUAACGAGGAUCUGAUGGAACAUAUACAAAUUUUGCUGGAUUCUUAUCCCAAGUGUAAUUUUGUCCAGCAAAUAUUGCAGAGAUUAUGUAACGAAGGAACGGUGAAUGAGGAAAUGAUAGCACAUCUCAUCGAUAGAUCAAUUCGUAAGCAAACAGAGAUUCAAAAACAAAUUGACAGUCUAAAAAGCAAUCAAGUCAAAAAAACCGUUGGAGAUGAGCAUUAUCAAGGUAUUAUUGAACUUCUUCAUUUCGUAAAUUAA